UUCUGAGCCUCCGCUGCAGCUUGAUUGGUCAGGCAGCUCUUCUAAAUGCUGAGAAUAAGACUCCAGCUUCCUGACAGCUUCAAACUGCUCUGAGCAGAGACACGCGGCAGCUCGUGGUGAACUUCGUUUUCCAUCAUGUCCUCAGAAAUUACAGUUGACUUGGAGCUGGAGCUGGGCGACGUGCUGCAGGAGUUCCAGGAUGUGGUGGAGGAGCUAAAGGCCCCCUCUGAGAGCAAACAUCAUUCUUACCAGCACGUCCUGCAUGAGGCCAAGAACCGCAUUGAUGACAGCGGGGUGGAAGACUCUGACUACAGCAGUGGAGCAUCUAUGGGAAACAGUUUGAAUACCAGCGAGGAGGAGCUCUACAAAGCAGGAACAACACUGGCUCUGAAAGCUAAGCUGGGAGACACAGACGAACUUGAGAGUUUUAUCAACAUGCUGGACCAGGAACUCGCGGAGAUGUGAACAGAGAUACGGCGAGGCUGAGAAGAAAGUCAGAUCCGCGCCAGAGCAGAUCUGAUGGAGCGAAUGUUUCUCUCGCCUCUUCGGGGACAAGGGAGGAGAAAAAGGUUUCCUUCAGAAAUUAAAAGGGCACUCGCUUCAAUUUUGAAAUGCAAGAACACCCUCAGACACCCCUCGGCAAUUCUGCGUCCAGUCUGCACCGCCACAUCAGGUCUAAGAUGUGUGACAUAUUCCCCCAAAAUAGACAAAACUUCCAUCUGUCUGACAUGAAAAAUGCUGCCCGGAGUAUAAGGGAGAAUGUUAAAAUUCUCAUAAGUGCUAUGCCAGUAAAAGGCCCUAAAUCUCAUUUCCAUGUAUUUUUAAAAAGCCUGGGCUUUGACUGGUUUGAAAUUACAAAUUGCACUUUAGUUUGAAAGCCUUUUUCUUAACAUGCAAUGAGUUUAGAUCUGCUGUAAGUCAUUAAAGGCUACUUUUGUAUCAACAUAUAAAAUGUACAGUUUUUGUGAAUAUUUUUUUUUAAUAUACUUUGUUUUAUACAUACAUACAUACAUAAAUAAAG